AUGGAUCACAUGUUGAGUGGGACGAUAGCUCAGUUGGGAGAGCGUGCGAUUGAAGUUCGCAAGGUCGCUGUCCUCAUCCCAAAUGGGACGAUAGCUCAGUUGGGAGAGCGUGCGAUUGAAGUUCGCAAGGUCGCUGGUUCGAUCCCGGCUCGUCCCAUUAUUUUUCCUUUUUUUCCACUGCUACCUGACAUCAAUACAUAG